AUGUCCUCACCAUGCCACAUCGAAGUCAUUCUCACUGAAAAGGAGGAUGUUGUUGCCAAGCCUACCGAUGAUAUCCCAAGAACAAAGAAAGAGUCGAAGAGAAAGCAGAGACGUCAGUUGGCUCGUGGAAUUGUUGUUGUUGUUCAUAGGAUGUUGCAAUGUGGAAGGGUUUUAUUAUCACUGGGAACAAGGUCGGCAGGUACGGCAAUUGUAGCAACCGCCGCAGAAAAUGCUGUUGUCCAGACGAGUGGCAAACUUGCACGAAGUUCUAAAGAACAAAGUAGGGAAUGCGAAUUGGCGGCUGCAUUUUACAGAGAGGGAAAACGAAGCGGUCUCAGGAAGCUGAUGAAGAUCGUGACCAAACAAAAGGAGGUAACUGAGGCCACUAGUAGAGCGGCUGCUUUUGCUGCUGCAUUGGCUCUGAAGCUUGAGAAACCGUCGGAAGCGCAUGAUAUGUUGUCACAUGCCACAAUGACGCCUGCCGUCAUUCGACGAAGUUUACUCGUCAUCAUUCUAGCAGCUGAAGGCCGCCUUGACGAAGCUAUAGAUGAAGUCGAGAAAUGUCUCCAGGAGGAAGGACGUGAUUUUUAA